AGGCGGGGCUGUGAAUGCAUUGUUUUGGAGCCGUCUGAAAUGAUUGUGGUCGAUUAUAUGGAUGAAAAUGAAGAGUAUUUUCAGCGCCAAGCUUCUCAUAGGCAGUCGCGAAGAAGAUUUAGGAAAAUCAACCAAAAAGGGGAGCGCCAGACGAUUAUUGACACUGUUGAUCCCUAUCCUGUGGGGAAACCACCUCUGCCUAGAGGCUACCACACGCUUCCUGCAGAUUUCACAAAGCUGCACCUUACUGACAGUCUCCACCCACAGGUGACCCACGUUUCGUCGAGUCACUCAGGAUGUAGCAUCACUAGUGAUUCGGGAAGCAGCAGCCUUUCUGAUAUCUACCAGGCUACAGAAAGUGAGGCUGGUGAUAUGGAUCUCAGUGGGUUGCCAGAGACAGCAGUGGAUUCGGAGGAUGACGAUGACGAAGAAGAUAUUGAAAGGGCAUCGGAUCCUUUGAUGAGUAGGGAUAUUGUUAGAGACUGCCUGGAGAAAGACCCGAUAGACAGGACGGAUGACGACAUUGAGCAACUCCUGGAAUUCAUGCAUCAGCUGCCGGCCUUCGCCAACAUGACCAUGUCGGUGAGGAGAGAGCUCUGUGCCGUGAUGGUGUUCGCGGUGGUGGAGAGAGCGGGGACCAUCGUGCUCAACGAUGGCGAGGAGCUGGAUUCCUGGUCAGUCAUUUUGAAUGGUUCUGUGGAGGUGACAUAUCCUGAUGGAAGAACAGAGAUACUGUGCAUGGGAAACAGUUUUGGUGUUUCCCCUACCAUGGARAAGGAAUAUAUGAAAGGAGUGAUGAGAACCAAAGUGGAUGAUUGCCAGUUUGUUUGUAUAGCCCAGCAAGAUUAUUGCCGCAUCCUCAAUCAAGUGGAAAAGAACAUGCAGAAGGUGGAAGAGGAAGGGGAGAUUGUGAUGGUGAAGGAGCACAGGGAGCUUGAUCGCACGGGAACGAGGAAAGGUCACAUUGUCAUCAAGGGAACAGCUGAAAGGCUAACAAUGCAUCUGGUGGAGGAACACUCUGUGGUAGACCCAACGUUUAUAGAAGAUUUCCUACUGACCUAUCGGACCUUUCUCUCCAGCCCCAUGGAAGUGGGCAAGAAGUUGUUGGAGUGGUUCAAUGACCCCAGCCUCAGGGAUAAGGUUACACGGGUAGUAUUGUUGUGGGUGAACAAUCACUUCAAUGAUUUUGAAGGAGAUCCUGCUAUGACUCGAUUUCUGGAGGAAUUUGAGAACAACUUGGAGAGAGAGAAAAUGGGUGGACACUUGAGGCUGUUAAAUAUUGCUUGUGCUGCUAAAGCUAAACGAAGAUUGAUAACCUUAACGAAGCCAUCUCGAGAAGCCCCUUUGCCUUUUAUUUUGCUGGGAGGGUCGGAAAAGGGAUUUGGAAUCUUUGUGGACAGUGUAGAUUUUGGAAGCAAAGCGACGGAAGCGGGCUUGAAACGUGGAGACCAGAUACUGGAAGUGAAUGGUCAAAACUUCGAAAACAUUCAGCUAUCAAAAGCCAUGGAAAUUCUUAGAAAUAACACUCAUCUGUCUAUCACUGUGAAAACCAAUUUAUUUGUUUUUAAGGAACUUUUAGCACGGUUGUCAGAGGAUAAGAGAAAUGGUGCUCCCCAUUUGCCUAAAAUUGGUGAUAUUAAAAAGGCAAGUCGUUACUCCAUCCCAGACCUCGCUGUUGAUGUGGAGCAGGUAAUAGGACUAGAAAAAGUAAAUAAGAAAAGUAAAGCCAACACAGUUGGGGGAAGAAACAAAUUGAAGAAGAUCCUUGACAAGACUAGAAUCAGUAUCCUGCCUCAGAAACCAUACAACGACAUUGGAAUUGGGCAGUCCCAGGACGACAGCAUCGUGGGGCUGAGGCAGAGCAAGCACAUCCCCCCCGCCCUGCCCGUGAGCGGCACCCUCUCAUCCAGCAACCCCGACCUGCUGCAGUCUCAUCACCGCAUCCUGGACUUCAACACGACGCCUGAUUUACCAGACCAGGUGCUGAGGGUUUUCAAGGCGGACCAGCAAAGCCGCUACAUCAUGAUCAGCAAGGACACGACAGCCAAGGAGGUGGUGGUGCAGGCCAUGCGGGAGUUUGCCCUCACGGCCAGCGCCGAGGCCUACUCGCUGUGCGAGGUCUCCGUCACGCCGGAGGGCGUCAUCAAGCAGCGGCGCCUUCCCGACCAGCUCUCCAAGCUGGCAGACAGGAUACAGCUCAGUGGCAGGUAUUACCUGAAGAACAACAUGGAAACAGAAACGCUUUGUUCCGAUGAAGAUGCUCAAGAGUUGCUAAGGGAAAGCCAAAUUUCCCUGCUACAGCUCAGUACUGUUGAGGUGGCCACUCAACUCUCCAUGAGAAACUUUGAGCUCUUCCGUAAUAUUGAACCUACGGAAUAUAUAGAUGACUUAUUUAAACUGAAAUCAAAAACAGGUUGCAUGAAUCUGAAGAAGUUUGAAGAAGUGAUAAAUCAAGAAACUUUCUGGGUAGCUUCUGAGAUUCUGAGAGAAACCAACCAGCUAAAAAGGAUGAAGAUCAUUAAGCAUUUCAUUAAGAUAGCACUCCACUGCAGAGAAUGCAAGAACUUCAACUCAAUGUUUGCUAUCAUCAGUGGCCUGAACUUGGCACCAGUUGCACGGCUCCGAACUACCUGGGAAAAACUUCCAAGCAAGUAUGAGAAACUUUUUCAAGAUCUGCAGGACUUGUUUGAUCCAUCUAGGAACAUGGCAAAAUAUCGUAAUGUCCUGAACAGCCAAAACCUACAGCCCCCGAUUAUUCCUCUCUUUCCAGUUAUCAAAAAAGACCUUACAUUCCUUCAUGAAGGAAAUGAUUCCAAAGUGGAGGGCCUGGUCAACUUUGAGAAGCUGCGGAUGAUUGCAAAAGAAAUUCGCCAUGUUGGUCGCAUGGCAUCUGUUAACAUGGACCCUGCUUUAAUGUUCAGGACCAGGUCCCUGAGCCAAGGCAGCACAAACGCGGCCGUGCUGGACGUCGCGCAGGCAGGAGGGCAUAAAAAGCGGGUCCGUCGCAGCUCCUUCCUUAAUGCCAAAAAGCUUUACGAAGAUGCUCAGAUGGCCCGGAAAGUGAAGCAGUAUCUCGCAAACUUGGACCUGGAGAUGGAUGAGGAGAGCCUCCAGACGCUGUCUCUGCAGUGCGAGCCUGCUACCAACACACUACCCAAAAACCCAGGAGACAAACGAUCCGGGAAAUCUGAGACGUCGCCGGUGGCACCCCGGGCAGGACUCCAGCAGAAGGUGCAGCAGCAGCAGCAGCAGCAUAAAGUGAACCARGCACUGCAGGUCCCUGCUGUUUCUCUUUACCCUUCCCGCAAGAARGUGCCGGUGAAAGACCUCCCUCCCUUUGGCAUUAACUCCCCACAAGCUUUAAAGAAAAUUCUGUCAUUAUCCGAAGAAGGAAGCUUGGAACGUCACAAGAAACAAUCCGAUGACACAGUAUCAAGUGCAUCCUCACAGCUCUCUUCUCCUCCCACCUCACCACAGAGUUCUCCAAGGAAAGGCUACACCUUGGCUCCCAGUGGCACGGUGGAUAACUUUUCCGACUCCGGCCACAGUGAAAUUUCUUCCAGAUCUAGUAUUGUCAGCAACUCCUCUUUUGACUCCAUGCCAGUCGCCCUGCAUGAUGAGAGGAGACAGAGACACUCUGUCAGCAUCGUGGAGACGAACCUUGGCGUGGGCAGGAUUGACAGAAGAAUCAUGAUUGAACCAGAUCAAUACAGCUUAGGCUCGUACGCGCCGCUGUCGGAGAGCAGAGGCCUGUACGCCGGCGCCACGGUGCUCUCCUCGCCCAGCACGGAGGAGCUCUCGCAGGACCAGGGCGACAGAGCUUCCCUGGACGCCGCCGACAGCGGCCGCGGCAGCUGGACUUCUUGCUCGAGCGGCUCUCACGACAACAUACAGACCAUCCAGCACCAGAGGAGCUGGGAGACGCUGCCUUUUGGACACACUCAUUUCGAUAGCUCGGGCGACGGGGCCGGACUGUGGGCCUCGGGCAGCCCCAUGGACCAGCUGAUGUUCCCCGAUCAUGGCACAAAGUAUGGCAGGCAAAGCCAAGGUAGGGAGGGCCUUGAUCAAGCACAGUCCAGAGCGAGCUGGGCAUCCUCAACAGGCUACUGGGGCGAGGACUCGGAAGGUGAUACAGGUACCAUAAAGCGGAGGGGUGGGAAGGAUGUUUCCAUGGAAGCUGAAACCAGUAGUCUAACAUCCGUAACCGCGGAGGAGGCCAAGCCAGCUCCCGUGCCCGCUCAUAUAGCAGUCUCAUCGAGUAGUACAAAGGGGCUUGCACGAAAAGAGGGUCGGUAUCGGGAACCACCCCCAACUCCUCCUGGUUAUGUGGGAAUACCUAUUGCUGAGUUUGCUGAAGGGGUUGGUCAUCCAGCCAGAAAGCCUCCAGAUUACAACGUGGCCCUUCAGAGGUCCAGGAUGGUGGCACGGACGUGCGAGACCCACGGGACUUCGGCUCCGCAGCAGCAGCCGCACGGCCAAUCCGCUGGCAGGCUGGUGAACAARCCCCAGUGGCAUAAACCAAAUGAGUCAGAUCCACGUCUUGCUCACUAUCAGUCUCAAGGGUUUUCCACAGAGGAAGAUGAAGAUGAACAAGUCUCAGCUGUCUAAGACUUGGGACUUUUCUGGAUCCAGAGUGAGCCACCUUAAAGGAGAGCACAAGAAGACGUCCCUAGAAUAGGCGCCUUGGAACUAUAGUUAAAGGAUGGUGGACCCAUUUGCCUCCUUCCCUGCCUUAAAGCAGCAUGGGGCUUCUUCCUCUGCCCCUUCCCUCCUGCCCCUCUCCCCUUGCAUGUGAAAUACUGUGAAGAAAUCGCCCUGGCACUUUUCGAACUGUGUUGCUUGAAAUGCACAGUGCAGCAGUCUCCGAGCUACCACUGGCGCUCUCCGCCACGUCACACAGUAUCAUUCCAAAUCCCAAGAUCAUCACAUCAGGAUGAUUAACUCUGGCUGCACUUCCCAAUGCUUGGAAGGGUUUAAAAAAAAAAAAAAUCUUCCUUUUAGAUUUUUGUCACGCUCCUAGCGCGUGCUCUCAUCGGGAUAACGAGGUGGGCUGGCUCUCGACUUGCAUCCGGCCUUUUUACCUGCGGAGAGAGGAGCGCCCGAGGAGGUGGCUUCCUCCCCGCCGCGUGCGCACAGCACAGCGCAGCCCAGCGUGGUCACCCGCAGGGUUGGGGGGCAGCAUUCCCAGCGCCCCAGAGCGCCCCCAGGCCGGGAUCCGCGCAGGAGGAGACGCCGGGAUCCGGCAGUAGGGCCUGGUUUGAGGGCAGCACUCCCUGCCUGCGUGCCAGCCAAGGAAGCCGGUGCCCCGCUCCACUCGGCGUGYGGCCUCCCCUUCCCAGCGAGGCGGGCCGCACCCCCACCUUUAAGUUAUAUAUGUAUUUUUUUUAUUUUUAUUAUUGUUAUUGUUAUUUUUUACCUUGCAAAGUAGUCAUUGAAAGGAAAAGUUAACUGGAUAACGUUGCAGUGAAGGCAAGUUGGGAUGUCACGGCUCGUGUCAGCUGAGAAUGCUGACCUGGUAACCUCCACCUAUUGACUCUGGCAUUAGGGAACAAACAAGCCUUUAAAACGGUGACAAAUAACAAGAAAUGCCAGCCCUUGCAAUGCAGAAAUAGUCACAACUGUUACUGGCUUCAUGGAACACUGCAUGUGUAGAGAAGGCCAAUGUGUAGCAACCACCUGCUCACAGCUGCUAUUAACCCUAUAUUGACUGAAAUGACCCUCCCCUCUAUUUUUGUGUUGUUUUUGCACAGACUCCGGAAAAGUGAAGGCUGCCAAUCCGAGUAGUACUCAAAUGUGAGGAACUGCUGGUCUUGGAAUUUUUUUUUUUCCAUUGAACUCAGCUGAUCAUAUUGAUCAGUAGAUAAACGUAAAUAGCUUCAACUUUUAAAGAUCAAAUUGCAGUGUUUUUUCACUGUAUCAAACAAAUGUCAGUGCUUUAUUUAAUUCUCUCUCCUGUAAUCAUAGCUUAUGUCUAUUUGCUUAUAUAUCACAUUGUCAAUUAUGCAUUUGUAAUUUUACAUGUAAUAUGCAUUAUUUGCCAGUUUUUAUUCUCUAGGCUAUGGACCUCAUGUGCAUAUAGAAAUACAAAAUCCUAGCUYUAUCACAAGUUGCACAAAUGUUAUAUAAGCAUUAAGUAAUGGUAGACCAUAGGAYUGCUAAUCUCAGUUCGCUCUGUGAUGUCAAGUGCAGAAUGUACA